AUGGGUAGCAUGAUGAAGAACACCUUGCUUCACCUGUGCAUCUUCUUCAUGGCGGUGGCGCUGUCUUCCACGCUGACUCGCCACCAGAACCUCAGAACACCUACGAGCGAAUGCGAGGACAGACGCGACGUUCGCUUAGGCGAGGACAAACGUGACUACGUUCGCUUAGGCGAGGACAAACGUGACUACGUUCGCACGCGACGAGACGUGACGAAAGAGUUGGAGAACUACGACGCGACGACAGACGUGACGAAAGAGUUGGGGAAGAUAGACGCGACGACAGACGUGACGAAAGAGUUGGGGAACUACGACGCGACGACAGACGUGACGAAAGAGUUGGGGAAGAUAGACGCGACGACAGACGUGACGAAAGAGUUGGAGAACUACGACGCGACGACAGACGUGACGAAAGAGUUGGAGAACUACGACGCGACGACAGACGUGACGAAAGAGUUGGAGAAGAUAGACGCGAGGACAGACGUGACGAAAGAGUUGGAGAACUACGACGCGACGACAGACGUGACGAAAGAGUUGGAGAACUACGACGCGACGACAGACGUGACGAAAGAGUUGGAGAACUACGACGCGACGACAGACGUGACGAAAGAGUUGGGGAACUACGACGCGACGACAGACGUGACGAAAGAGUUGGGGAAGAUAGACGCGACGACAGACGUGACGAAAGAGUUGGAGAAGAUAGACGCGACGACAGACGUGACGAAAGAGUUGGGGAAGAUAGACGCGACGACAGACGUGACGAAAGAGUUGGAGAACUACGACGCGACGACAGACGUGACGAAAGAGUUGGAGAAGAUAGACGCGACGACAGACGUGACGAAAGAGUUGGCGAAGAUAGACGCGACGACAGACGUGACGAAAGAGUUGGAGAACUACGACGCGACGACAGACGUGACGAAAGAGUUGGGGAACUACGACGCGACGACAGACGUGACGAAAGAGUUGGAGAACUACGACGCGACGACAGACGUAACGAAAGAGUUGGGGAACUACGACGCGACGACAGACGUAACGAAAGAGUUGGGGAACUACGACGCGACGACAGACGUGAAAGCCGCCUGGAUGAAAGCCGCCUGGAUGAAAGCCGCCGCAAUGAACGUGUCGGGGAACAGCACCGCAACGAUCGCAGGGAUGGAAGAGAGUUCAUACUUUCUCCAAAGACACUCGGCAUGGUGGAGAUGAGAAAGAUUGACGACCAAGGCGCCCAUGAUGGUGACCACUUCAUUAGCGACAAGCUUCCAUCUGCUGCUACCUUCCUAGGUGGCGCUCUGUUCGCACUCAGCGCUGCAGGGGUGCUGCCCUCUAAGUUAGCCUUCGCCUGAG